GACCCCUGCUGGUUUGGAAGCGGAACAGGAAGCAUUGAACCUGUGCAGCUGUCAUCCUGCAGAGUUCGCGGCUCCCUGUGUGUCGGCCGCUCGCUUCAGGGACCCCGGGGGGAUCCGUCAUGUUGGCCGGGACGCAGCUGCUCAGGGUGCUGCUCACCGAGCGGCUGGAGGCGGCUGCUCAGGAAAUCUUCCGGCUGGUGGAGAGACACAUCUCCGAGUGUCAGGAGGAGGUGUUCCGCUCCAGGGCAGAGAUCGUCCGGCUGCAGCUGCGGGUGGAGCAGCUGACCGCAGCUGCAGACACCCAGAACGUCUCUGAGGAAGCGUUCCCCUCACAGCCGCCAGACCAGGUUCCAGUUGUGGAGAAGAUGGAGACCGGCGAAGCUCAGCAGGUCAAAGAGGAGCAGGUGGAUCUCUGCAUCAAACCGGAGCUGGAGGCUGAUUCUUUUGAGCCUGUGAAAGUCAAACCGGAGCUGGAGGCUGAUUCUUUUGAGCCUGUGAAAGUCAAACUCACUGGAUCGAACGCCGCUCCUCGGACAGACUGUCCGCUGUCGCCAUCUCUCAGUGAGCUAACUGUGACUCUGGGCAAUGACGGUGAAUGGGAUGGUAGUGGCAGCUCGGGUUCGUCCGCCUGUCAUCCCAGACGUGACGGUGCGCUUGCUGCGGGUCGGGAACGAGCUCACAAGGACAAGAAGGUUUGUCGUUUCUGUCGCAAGCAGUUCAACAGGGACUCAGCUCUGAUCAGACACAUGGAAGAGAAGCACAUGGGAGAGAAGGCCUUCAAAUGCCCUGAGUGUGAGCGGCAGUUUUCUCGUAGGGACCAUCUGGCCGUGCAUUUGAGAAUUCACACUGGAGAGAAGCCACACGAGUGUCCGUUCUGUGCAAAAUCAUUCGCUCAGAGUUCAAAUCUCAACCGUCACUUGAGGGGGCACACGGGAGAAAAGCCUUAUUUUUGCGAAUCCUGCGGCGAAAUGGUCGCCCACAGCUAUCACCUGAAAACCUGUGGCACCACAGAUCCCAGAGGAGAAAAGACAUUUCGCUGUUUGAUUUGUGGCAAAAAGUUUAAAACUGCAAUGAAACUGAGGGGGCACGUGAAGAUCCAUGAAGCCAGGAAACCACCACACUCAACUGUGGAGCCUUCAGCCUGAUGAUACCACUGAAUUUUCAUUUCAUAUAAAAAACUAGAGCCUGACCACUUGAUCGGUUGGCCCUGACAUAAAUAUCAGCCUUUCACACAUAUUUCAGUUUUCUGCCUUUAUUUGCUGAUAUGAAAACUUUUAUUCAACAGAUUUAUUGAUUUGCUUGUUCUUGUGUUUUCUUUUUAUUUAAAGUUCUUUAUAAUAAAGUAUAUGGUUAAAUUCUUAAGUCUAAGGCUUCAAUUGCAAUCUAUCAGUAUCAGAAAUGUUUUACUCGCUUUAUUAAACACAUCUACACUAACACACAUGCCCACACACGUACUGUAGAUACUCAGUUCAGGGUCAAAGCAGACAACAUGGCAGCCAUGCUGAUUACAUGUCUUUCACAGAGACAAUCCUACAGGUCCUCAUCUCAUCACGUCCAGACCAUCACAAGAGUCUCAAUCCUGCCUGAGAUCUGUUGACUUCACACCGACUCUGGGUAAAAGUGUCGGACCAGCCGUCAAAACCACUGGGAGGAAUCUGGGGGU